AUGGGGCGAAAAACAAACAAUAAGGGAAGGAAGGAGAAUGUAAGAAACCGAGGAGACACAAAGGUACAGAGAAAGGCACGACAACAGAGAGGAAAACAAACAGGAAGGAAAGUAAAGACAACAUCAGGAACCGAGAAACACCAAAGUACAGGGAGUGGCACGACAACAGAGAGGAAAACAAACAGGAAGGAAAGUAAAGGCAACAUCAGGAACCGAGGAAACACCAAAGUACAGGGAGUGGCACGACAACAGAGAGGAAAACAAACAGGAAGGAAAGUAAAGACAACACCAGUAACCGAGGAAACACCAAAGAACAGGGAGUGGCACGGGAACAGGGAAGAAACAAACAAGAAGAAAAGGAAAGGCAACAUCAGGAACCGAGAAACACCAAAGUACAGGGAGUGGCACGGGAACAGGGAAGAAACAAACAAGAAGAAAAGGAAAGACAACAUCAGGAACCGAGGAAACACCAAAGUACAGGGAGUGGCACGACAACAGGGAGGAAAACAAACAGGAAGGAAAGUAAAGACAACAUCAGGAACCGAGGAAACACCAAAGUACAGGAAGGGACACGACAACAGGGAGGAAAACAAACAAGAAGAAAAGGAAAGACAACAUCAGGAACCGAGGAAACACCAAAGUACAGGGAGUGGCACGACAACAGGGAGGAAAACAAACAGGAAGGAAAGUAAAGACAACAUCAGGAACCGAGGAAACACCAAAGUACAGGAAGGGACACGACAACAGGGAGGAAAACAAACAAGAAGAAAAGGAAAGACAACAUCAGGAACCGAGGAAACACCAAAGUACAGGGAGUGGCACGACAACAGGGAGGAAAACAAACAGGAAGGAAAGUAA